ACAGUUUUCUUUGAGAUGAGUCCCUCUGCUGCUAUUUUGUCUUCUUCUCACCUCUCUCCAUGCUGCACCACCACUCCUAAUAAAAACAAGAGAAAAAAGAAAGCGGAAAAAGAUUAGUGGAGUGGUGGAAGAAGCUUGCAGAAGAUUAUAGAAGAAGAAGAAAGAUGGUGGAGACCAACCCCCGCCCCCGGCCAGGGGCCGCCUCCCCCCACCUUGCCGCCGCCGCCCUUCACCGCGCCGCCGCUGUUCCAUCCACCGGUGGUGGGCAGCGGCGCCGUCCACCCGCCCAACGAGCAGCUCCCCCAUCUCCAGUUCUGCGUCCAUUCCAACCCCCCCAUGGGGGGAAGCCGUCAUACUUGCAUUCCAGCACUACAUCGUGAUGUUGGGAACAAUUGUUAUGCUGGCUACUUUUCUUGUUCCGAAAAUGGGCGGAAGCAAUGGGGAUAAGGCUCGGAUUAUUCAGACUUUUCUAUUUAUGAGCGGAAUAAAUACACUUCUCCAAACAUUGAUCGGAACUCGGCUUCCUACAGUGAUGAAUGCUUCCUUAGCAUUUGUCAUCCCAGUACUGUCAAUAAUCAAUGACUUUUCCUCACGGGAAUAUGAAAAUGAACAUGAGAGAUUUGUCCACACUAUCAGAGCCAUUCAAGGAGCCCUGAUUGUGUCUUCCUUCCUUAAUAUCAUUAUUGGAUAUAGCAGGGCAUGGGGAGAUUUCUCGAGGUUUUUCAGUCCCGUAGUUAUUGUGCCUGUAGUGUGUGUUGUGGGUCUUGGGUUGUUUGAACGAGGAUUCCCUCAGGUUGGAAAAUGUGUGGAGAUUGGACUGCCAAUGCUAAUUUUAUUGGUUUUCGUCCAACAAUACAUGAAGCACAUUAAUGAGAGGACACGCUACUGGUUUGAGAGGUUUGCAUUGCUAUUAUGCAUUGUAGUUGUCUGGUCUUUUGCUGCCAUUCUUACAGCUGGCGGUGCAUACAACAAUGUUUCUGAGAACACUAAGCAACAUUGCCGCACCGAUAGGUCUCACCUUAUGUCAUCUGCUCCAUGGAUUAGAAUUCCAUAUCCAUUUCAGUGGGGUGCUCCAAUAUUUACUGCAAGUCAUGUAUUUGGAAUGAUGGGUGCAGUACUUGUUGCAGCUGUCGAGUCUACUGGAGCACAUUAUGCAGCUGCACGCCUAGCAGGUGCUACGCCACCUCCUGCACAUGUGCUUAGUCGAAGUAUUGGCCUUCAGGGCAUAGGGAUGCUGCUUGAAGGUAUAUUUGGGGCUGCAACUGGUUCAUCUGCAUCAAUUGAAAAUGUUGGACUCCUUGGAUUGACACGAGUAGGAAGUCGGAGAGUUGUGCAGAUAUCAACUGGUUUUAUGAUUUUCUUCUCCAUCUUUGGAAAAUUUGGGGCAUUCUUUGCAUCAAUUCCAUUCCCGAUAUUUGCAGCCAUGUACUGUGUUCUCUUUGGAAUUGUUGCCGCUGUUGGUAUCUCGUUCAUUCAGUUUGCAAACAACAACUCCAUGAGGAACCUCUACAUAAUAGGCCUUGCACUUUUCCUUGGUAUAUCGAUUCCUCAGUAUUUCAAUGAAUUUGCGGCUUCUGCAGGGCAUGGACCUGCAAAGACAAAUGCUGGAUGGUUCAAUGACAUAUUGAAUGCAUUCUUCUCAUCGGCUCCAUUUGUGGCAAUGAUCGUCGGGACAUUGCUGGAUAACACGCUGGAGGCCAGGAAUACAGGUGAAAGAGGCCUCCCCUGGUGGGUUCCCUUCCAGAAAAGAACAGGUGAUGUGAGGAAUGAUGAAUUCUAUGGUUUCCCGAUCAGAGUACACGAAAUGAUCCCAACUCGAUACCUCAGAUAAACUCUCCCUAACUUCAGGUGCAUGUAAAUUCGCUUUCCUACAGUUCAUCCAAUGCACUACUACAACAAUGCAUGUGAAAUGUUGUACUUGCUUGCCUCUUCCUCAGAUUAUGAAAGUUCUGUAUCAAUCAGGUUUUGAAUCUUACAUCAAGAAGAGCCGAUUAGUCUUUAGCUGGGUAGCUUUUUGGUCUGCUUGGUUCUGGAUAAUUUCAAAUUGGCUAGUGUGAAUUACUUUGUUGUAUUAAUUGUGUCAUGCCUAGAUUGGUCAUGUUUUUUGCAAUAAUCAUAUUUUCAUGACAAACAGGAUAUCAAUGGACUGCAAUGAUUGAGUGCAUGCAAGACAGUAAAAUAUUA